GUCUAUACGAUGAUUAAUUUGUAAUAAGCUUUUGAUUAUAUUAGUAAUACACCAAUGCCAUAGCAAUGUUUGUUAAGGAGGGUCAAAAGAUUUCUGUAUUCAAAAAAUCCUGGGUUUUCACAGAAAAAAAAGAUGUCCCUACUCGAAUAACUAAUUUAAUCUAAGCAGCAGAAACCUUUGUUAAACAAUUAAUUAUAAUAACGCAAAACAUUAAAUUUGAUCAAAAACAUUUGUCAUACAUUAAAGGAUUCACUACAGAUGGAGGUUAUUUAUUUCCAGCACAUUCAGCUUUUGUGUCACAGAGAUUAAAAUUAAAUUACAAAAGGAAAUUAAAGUAUUUUACUACCUUAAUUUUAGAUUCGCCUCUCCUGAACAAUAAAAAAUGGCCUUUUUGGAGUAUGCAUAUGUAUAAUUACUUUUAUAUGAAUAAAUGUUCUCAAUCAGCGGUUGGUAAGAUUUGCUUAAGCCAUUUGCAGAACCCUUAAAAUUACUUGUUUCUCUUCUAUAAUAUUUGUUUGUAGACAGAUUCUAGAAUCUGUAAAUCCUAUCAAAAAAUAUGAAAUUUAAUGUACAAAAUUGUUUUAUUACUAAAUCAGGUUGAUUAAGUUCCAUACUUGGAUUUCACUAAGCGUAAUGUGGCUGAUGUCAAAUAAGCAAUAAAUCAAAAUGAUCCCAGAUUUUAGGUUACCGAUAAAUACCCAAUCCUUGGAUUGUAUGAUGAGACUGUGUUGAAACCAGUAAUUGAAAAUCCUGCGUUUGCAAAUCUUUAAAACCAUUUUAAAGCUUUUGUUGAUUUUAUACACUCUAAAACGCAGUGA